AGAUUUCCUCCCGGCCGCCAACAAACCACACGGUGCGGUGAGGGCCUGGUCUGCCCCACGCUUUAUCCAGCGGGGCACCCACGUUGCGAUUGUGCGCAGCCACGACUCCGGAGGUCGUGAUCUCACCUGAGCCACGCGCUUGCGUCCGACCUCCUCCUCAAACACGCGGCCGUAAAGAAUUGCGCUGCUUUAUCACCGUGUGUGUGUGUGCGCGCACGUGUUGAGCUUCUUUCGCACCGUACGUAGCCAACCGCUGCUAACCGGAGGUGCGGGGGAAGGGCAACAAACUAAACACGCAAAAAGAAGUCCGAAAUAAAUGGGGUUUCACUCUAGAUUUCGACGUGCAUAUCUCCAGCAGCACUCGCAUCAGCCCCAGGACGAGCGGUUAGAAAUUCCACGUUCCCGUAACAGGGGUUCAGUUAAUCCGUGGCAUGAACAUUAAAUUUUAGUUCGCAAAGCGGUUCUGAUUUUAUAGACCUCGGAUGGUAGCGGAUGCUGAUGGGCUGAGUUGCCAACCGACUGGGAUUUGAACUCGGACUAGAUAGUGUAUUGAGCGAUCUAAGCACAGGGCCACCCAGCCACUUGCGUGCAAGCGAGUCGUGGCUGGCGCGUCGGCAUGGGUCUGCCACAUCUGAGUUUUUGAACUCAUUAGGUGGCGAUGACUAGAUUGUGUAAUGCAGGCACUCCUUUGCUUUCAUGGAAAAGCACGCGUAUCUCAACAUUGCGUUACGUCAAAAGCAAUUUCCCCAUAAGAAAUAAUGGUAAAGGAGGGGGUUAGGGGAUUUCGCUGCACUCACAGACACAACCGCCGAAAUUAUCCUAGCCUAAAUUAACACAAUCCAUGUACACACAAUAUAAUACUUUAAAUAAAAAUGAAAAUCACGUGAACCCGAAUAUACCGUCUUUGAAGCAAAAACUAAACUAAAGAAAUACAGUAUUACCCGUACGUAAAGCUACAAGGAAACUUGACGGCGUACGUUCACAACGAGAGACGAAGGGAAGAGCGCCGCUGCACGGUAAAGCUCGCUCGUUAUCGUACCGCCACUGGCUGCUGGCAACGCCGUUGGGUCGCGGUGCCAGGCUAGGGUGGCGCGUGUCGCGUCGCGGGUGACCUUAUUCCGAAAAGUGCCUCGCGCGUGUCGAUAAAAUGGGUCUAAAAUACAAAGCGCGCCGCGUUGUUCUAAAACGGCUCACCGCAAGAGGACGUACACCGAGGACUGCCUGUACUCGCAAACUGCGCCAGGCAGAGUGCAAGCACCCAUUGGCAAUUUACAACGGCGCCUGAUCGCAAUUGCGUCUAAAGACGAUGCACAAAAACGCGGUGCGAGUGGUUGUUUUUUUUUCUUUGGAAGAGAGAGAGAGAGCCAGACGGUUUUUUUUUUGCCAGUGGGGGCAGAGUUAAUGAAGAAGCCUUGACACGCGGCUUGAGCAGAUAAUGAGAAUGGCACGGAUGGCCGGGGGCAUGUGAUUUUUAGACAACUGUGGGUGGAAGCCUCAGUAGGCACAUCGAGCUUCUAAAAAAAAAAUGGCUGUUUACUUUGUUUUUAAUGAUGGAUAAUUGGUCUGCAUCUUUGCUGCAGGAAAAGCCACGGAAAGUACAGUGGAUGCACUCUCUAGCAUUGCAUUUUGGUAGUAAAUGGCAGACAGAUGCUCGUGGUAGUGCACACAGACACGCUAUAGCCGUUCCACGUUAUCCGUAGCCAUCAUUCUUAAAAUACUUGUGACGAAGCGACGCAUUUCGUUUUUCGUGGAUGUUUUACACGCGGCUAAAAUAUAUAUUUUUUAAUUUUGCACUUGAGCUUUUUUUUUGCUGUUAAUUAUUGUCGGCCGUGAUUCAAGUCACUUUUGUUUCUUGAUUCAUUAAUGUAGCAAUUGUAUGGAAAUCAACACCGCUCGUCAACUUGACCGUCUGGGUGAGGUUCAAAUUUCAGUUGCCGCUGAAUAUAUUGCCGGGAGCCAAUGGAUGAUUAUAUUUAAUAUUUUCUGUAAAAGCACAGGGUGAGGCCACAUUUUCUCACUCAUGUUCCCUUAAGGACCACGUACUUAUUAUCUGAAACAUCGAAUGCCUUUUGUCUUGGCUUUGCUGCUUCUCUGCUCACGAACCACGGAUCUCCCAUGCAAAAAAUAGCCGGGCCAAUGCCUAAACAGGAAUCAUGCGUGUAACGAAAAAAUAAAUAACUCGAUUUAAACUUCUCUCUCGCUCUGUGGGCACGAGGGAGGAAAUGACUGGUGGCUUAUUUUAUACUGAGAGCGUAGCAACUAGCAGUAAAAAAAUGGGGGGGGGGGGAGCUUGUAGUUUCCUGUGGUGGGCGCAGCGUGCGUGCGUGCGUGGGGUUUCAGUCCAGAGAGCGGUGGCCCCAACCAGCACCAUAUCUUCCAAACCCUGCCCUCGCCCUCUGCGAUGAAUCCAAGCACUAGUCUGGACUCGGAAUUCGCCAGUGGCAAUGCCACGGACGCCUGUCCCGAGGAUCCGAUCGAGUGCCCCGGCGAGGCCCCGUCGAGCCUCCACCCACUGUCGACCGAUCUGCAGUCUGCCGCCCCUAAGACGACGGCGUCCGACCGCUGCCCCCGGACGGUCACAUCGCACCUCGCCUGCCCCUUGACCCUGACCCCCAAAUCAACCUCGUCGAACACUUCUUCUUCGUCGUCGUCGUCGUCGUCGUCGUCCACGCCCUCCUCGACGUUUUUUGCGCUGUCGCCGGCGACGUCGUACCGCCUGGUGGAACCGGAGCACCGCCCCGCGGGAACGCAGCGGCGCCUCAGCCUGCAGCAGCCCCGCAGGCCGCUGUGGCUCGACGACGCGGGGGUGGGCGGGGUGACCGUGCGACGCAAACACUCACUCGCGGGCAUCCCCUACGAGCUGUCGAUGGACCUCCAGGCCAAGCAGACCGAGGUGCUGGAGAGACGCUACGGGGGCUACGCGGAGAGCCGGCGUGCCGCUCGCACCAUCCAGGCCGCCUUUCGGCAGCACCAGAUGCGCAAGCAGUUCGAGCGAAUCCGCAUGUCGUCGAAGGGGGGCGGCAGCUCGAGCACCCCCUCCCCAUCCCCCACAGCCCGCACAGCCAAUCAGCGUGGUGCCCGCGACACUCCCGGCGGUGGUGGCAGCGGUGGCGGCGGCGGCGCAACGGAAGGUGGUGGCGGGGACGCGGCUGAUAUUGGAGGUGGCGGCGGUGGCGGUGGCGGUGGUGGCGGUGGUAUUGAUUUCGACGCUGACAGUGGCGGCGGUAGUGGCGAUGUAGGUGGUGGUGAUGGUAGUGGCAAUGACUGUAACAGUGGAGAUGGUGGUGACAUCGACAGAGGUGGUGGUGGUGGUGGUGAUGGUGACCAUCACGCUAUGACUGUUCCAGCUGAAACAAGGACAUCGCCUGCAGCUGUGGAAGAUCUCUGCUUAGGUCCAAAUUCCCUGCAUUCCAAUGCACAUGCGAGCGGCAACGAUUUGGAAAACCUCGGUGGAACUGUUUUGAAAGGCAAGGACAUUAUAGAGGCUGCCGUCAGCAGGCCAGGCGAUGUCUGCCACACCAGCGUCGCCAGUAACUUUAAAGCAGAUGAACGGAGCGGCAAUCACGUGGAAGGCAAUGAUCAUGACGACGAUGAUGACACGGAAGGUGACAGAGGAGAGAGCAAUGGAGUGGCAGACUCCUUCAUCAAGGUGACCCUGUUUAUCGAUGAGGACGCGCUGGUCCCACAGGGCCGCGACGAGGUUUGCGCGACCACCCCCGACGAUGGACUGGAGAGCGGCGACGGGUUGCAAGCGAGCGAGGAGGAGUGCGUCGUCGGAGGAAGCUGCGCGAUUCCCAGUGACAAGCCGGAGCCCUCCGUGAACGUUGUGGAUCAGAGGAACCGCGAGCGUCGCGCUCCGAAAACGAGCAGCAGGGAUUUUGGCGUUGCCACGGACAAAGUGCCAACGCACUGCCUGCUAAACCGCGAAGGAGAGGAGUUGUUGGCGGCGGUGAAGGAAGUUGACGAGACCGCCGCGGGCGAUGCCGACAAAGGUACGGAAGCUGACGAACCGGCAGGACGAGCGGGUGAAAGGGAUGACAACGCGGGCAGCGGAACGACGCCGGAAUGUAACGUCCGGCAAUGUGUCGCCGUGAACCAGGGCCUUUACAAUGGCAAGUCGCCGCUUGGGAACAUCCAAGACUUCACCGGCGUCAACGGCGGCGACGGGGGCAAUGACGACGAGGGAGAUGACGGGGACGACGGCGAGGAUGAUGACGGUGACCUGUGCGCAGAGGGCAACACGGGCUCAUCGGCCGUGCGGCGAGAUGAUGAAGAGGAGGGGAGCACGUGUCGAACCGAGGAGGGCUCCUCGCUGUGUUCGUCGGUGGCUGCGGCACCGGCGACAAUGACGACGACGACGGGAGGAGGAGGAGGAGGGAUGGCGGUCGUGGAUCAGGGAGUGGAGUCGCUGGAUUUUCUGGACGAGGUGGAGACGAUACCACGGGACGGGGGCCUCCAGGGGUGGGACACGAGCAGCGUCGCAGCACAGCGCAAGCGUCAAUACCGCGUGGGCCUCAACCUCUUCAACAAGAAGCCCGAGAAGGGCCUCGCAUUCCUCGUGUCGCGGGGCUUCGUGGGCGCCACUGCAUCGGCGGCCGCCCACUUCCUGCUCCAGCGCAAGGGCCUCAGUCGCCAGAUGAUCGGCGAGUUUCUGGGCAACCGGCAGCGACCGUUCAACCGCGACGUCCUCGAGUGCUUUGUGGACGAGAUGGACUUCUCCGGCCUGGAGCUGGAUGAGGCUCUGCGACUGUUCCAGACGCACGUGCGACUGCAGGGAGAGGCACAGAAGGUGGAGCGGCUUGUGGAGGUCUUCAGUCGGCGCUACUGCGCGUGCAACCCGGCGGUGGUGUCGGCCCUGUGCAGCGAGGACACGGUGUUCGUGCUCGCCUUCGCCAUCGUGCUGCUCAACACCGACAUGUACAGUCCCAGCGUGCGGCACGACCGCAAGAUGCGGCUCGACGACUUCAUCAAGAACCUGCGCGGCGUGGACGACGGGGAGGACAUCCCACGGGACUUCCUCGUCGGGAUCUACGAACGGAUCCGCAAGCAGGAGCUGGCCACCGACCCGGAUCACGUGACCCAGGUGGUGGCGGUGGAGGCCACCAUCGUGGGGCGCCGGCCGGUGUUGUCGCUGCCCCACCGCCGCCUGGUGUGCCUGUGCCGGCUGUUCGAGGUGCCCGACGUGACGCGAGCGCAGAGGGCCGGGCUGCACCAGCGCGAGGUCUUCCUCUUCAACGACCUCCUCGUGGUGACCAAGAUUUUGCAGCGGCGAAAACAGGGCAGCACGUACAGUUUCCGGCAGGCGUUCAGCCUCUAUGGGAUGCAAGUGCUGCACUUUGAAAACCAAUACUACUCGUUCGGCCUGUCGCUGGUGUCGGCCGCCCCCGGGCUCGACGUGAGUACGCUGGGCAACUUCGCCGUGCCGAGCCUGGAGGACCGCUGGCGCUUCUCGCGCGAGCUCCAAGAGUGCAUCUCCGAGGUGCACGAGAUGGACCGCGUGCGCAUUGAAGCCGAGCUGGAGAAGCAGAACAUGGGGGUCCGGCCGCCUUCUUCCCCGGGCCGCGAUGGCAAGGGGGGGCAGCACCAGGGCAGCCUGGGCAGCAUCCCACGGGGCAGCCUCGAUGACAGCUGCAUCCCGGCGGCGGAGGAGCGGCCGUCCAUGAGGAGGGGCAACCUCAGCGGCUCCCUGCGGGACCUCGCCGACGGAGACUCGUGCGAAAGCAUCAUCGCCAUGGACUGCACCGACAAGGGCUCGCAGUUUUCUCAAAGCAAGAAACUCCCUCGGAGCGCCGGAACGGCCUCGCGGUCUCGCCUCACCCACUCCUCCUCCUUCCGCCUCGGCAACAUCUUCGGCUCGCUCCGAGGGAAGCCCGCGCAGAGGCAGGCCCGGCAGCCGCUGCCCCAGGCAUUUCGUGCGGCCGACGCGUGAUUGCUUCCCCCCCCCAUCUCCCACCUCUCGUGCGCUGCCACUCAGUGGGUUGGUUGGUGGGUGGGUGGCUUGUUGGGUGGCUUGUCGGGUGU